GUUUUUACACUUUCAACGCUGCACAUACUUCUUACACCAAUACUCCCUGCUGUUUCGGUCCCGGCGACGACCGAAAGGGUCACUGUUGCCAUAGGCCAGGCAUGGACAUAACACGAGGUUCAAUGACGGUCGGAGUUGGGACAAGACUGAGGCGCGACCGGGCAGCCAUGCAGCGAGCGCUGGCGGAGCGCCGUGUGCCGCUUUAUCGCCUGGGCCGCAGUCUCGCAGUCGUGCCGCGGGCGCAGCAGCAGCAGCCGCUGCCGCUGCCGGGCUCGGCCCGCCCGGCGCAGCUGCCCGCGACCGCAGGCGUGCCGCAGCCUGCGGGGCCGCCACCCCCGCCGCCCCCGCCGCUGCUGGACCGUGCCGGAGACCUGCCGGAUAAGCUCCUGCGGGACUACCUGUCGGGCUGGAGCUCCCAGUACACGGAGUACGACUACUACGUGCCGCCCGAGGCCGUGUACGGCAGGCUGCCCGAGGAGCUACGCGGCACACUGUACUUCAUUGGACCGGGCCUGACACAGGUGUACGGCACCAGUGUGCGCCACCCCUCCGACGCGGACGGCAUGGUGUGCAGCCUGGCCUUCGCGGAGGGCGGCCAGAUCUUCUUCCGCAACAGAUACGUGCGCACACCCGCAUUCAACACAGAGCAGGCUCUGGGACGACGCAUCACUCGGGGCCUGCACGACCGCGGCGCCGCAGGGGUGGCGGGGGCCCGCGACAACAAUGCCGCGCCACCGCCGCCGCCGCCACGCAGCCUGCAGCAGCAAGGGGCGGUCCCGGGGGCCGGCGCGGGGUUCUCGGGUCCGGGUGCGGGGGCCUCGGGACUGGGGGGCGGCUCGGCGGGGCCAUUGGCGGGUCUGCCACUGCCGGGUCCGCUGCAGGGUCUUCAGCGGCUGCCGUCGCCGGCGGCCUUGGCGACCUGGGUCCUCACUGGCAACGCCAACGGCAGCCUCUUCCCCGGCAGCACCCCCGGCGGCAGUAGCAGCAACGCCAGCGGGCCCGCCGGCGGGCCUGCUGCUACUGCCGCUUCCUCGCCCGGCUUGUUCGCCUCGCCCGCGUCCUCGGCUGGCAGUAGCAGCAGCAGCAGCACCAGCAGCAGCGGCGGCAGUAGCAGGGGCACAGGUAGCGGUGGCAUUGGCGGGGGCAGUGGCAGUAGCAUCCAGGACAUCCGCGCUCGGCUGCGGCAGGAGGAGGAGGAGCUGUGGGGCGCGGGGGCGGACUUCGGAAUGACGCCCACACGUGCCCAAUCGCUGGCGGCGGCCUCCACACGCGGCGAGCGGGUAGUACCGGCGCUGCCGACGAGGCUGGACCCGCUGUCGCUGUUGGGUCUGCCGCCGCUGCCGCCGCUGAGCGCGCUGUUCAACCCCCUGGACACAAGCUUCCGGACCCCGGUCAACGCCAACAUCGUGUACUGGGGUGGCAGGCUGCUGGCCUUCACAGACGGCAACUCGCUUCCCUACGAGCUCAACAAGUUGUCGCUGGAGACGGUGGGGCCCUACGACUUCGGCGGCGCCAUGGCCGACAUGGGGCGCCUGGUGGGCGGCUACAAGGUGGCGCCCGCGCCGCCGGCGGCAGCGGCAGCAGCAGCAGCAGGCUCGCCGCCUCCGUCCCGGCCGCCGCAGCGGCUGGUGGUGUUGGGUGCGGCGCAGAGCGGGCCCGACGUGCUGCUGCGCUGGCUGGAGCUGGGCGAGGACGGCGCACCCGCGCCAGCAGCAGGGGCAGCAGGGGCUGCAGGGGCUGCAGGGGGAGGGGGUGGUGAUAAGGGCGGCGCAGCUGCAGCUACCACCACCUUCCGGCUGCCUGGCGCCAGCGCACAGGGGGUGCUGGACUUCUGGGUGACGGACAAGUUCUACGUGGUGGCGCAGGCUCCAGUGGACUUCAACCCGCAGACGUUCGUGACGCAGGCCGCCCUGGGCGCAGCCUCGUUCGCCGAGUGCUUCGACUGGGACCCCUCCCGACCCACCCGCCUGCACUUUGUCGCGCGGCCAGGCGGCACCACCACGCCGCCGCUGCCCUCACCACCUGCGUCAUCAUCCACGUCGGCGGCGGCGGCGGCAUCCGGGGCAGCAGCGGGGGCGGGGGCGGGGGCGGUGGGCGGCGCAGGUCGUGCGAGUGGCGGCGGCGGCGGCGGCGGCGGCGGCGGCGGCGGCGGCGGCGGCGGCAGGUCGCGGGCGGUGCUGGGCAGUUCGGCGCCAGUGGUGUGGCCGCCCAAGGGCCCCGACUCGUUCUGUGUGGACGCGCCGGCGCUACUGCCGACCUCGUGCGUGGGCUGCUACAGCCUGGGGGGUGACGGCGGAGUGCUGGUGCUGGACGCGGUGUGCCAGCAGGGCCUGACGGGGUCCCACGGGGGCACUCUGGACACACUGGUCGCCGACUUCCACAGGGUCCAGCCCAAGCCCGAGCUCACACGCAUCGUGGUGGACCUAGCCACGCGCACCGCCACCGCGCGCGUGCUAUCCCAGCGCACCGCCGCCGGCGUAACCACAGCUGCCGCCUACACAGGCAACCCCGCCGCCGCCGCCGCCGUGGGCACGCCCACCGCCGCCGCCGCCGCCGCCGGCCCGCUCGUGCCCGUCGGCAGCGGCGCCGCCUUCUCCGGCGGCUACCACCACCUCUACGCCGCCGCCGCCGCCACCGACGCCGCCGCCGGCUGGGCGCCAGCCCAGGUCCUGGUCAAGCUCAAACUGUCACCAGACACAGGCCUGCCGCCGCCGGCGGCCGCCGCCGCGGCGGCGGCGGGCCAGGUGCCCUUCUCGCCCGACACCGCCACGCCGCUGCAGAGGCGGCGCGGCGGCGGCGCCGAGGUCUGGAGCCCCGGCGACCGCGUGUUCCUCAGCCCGCCCGUCUUCAUUCCCAAGCGCACCGCUGGCUCCGUCGCCACCGCCUUCACCGGCUACGCGCCGCCGGGGUCCGCGCUGGCUGCCGCCGCCGCCAGCCCGGCCUUUCGACUACCCGGCACGCUGCCGCUGCCGCUGGAGACGGAGGUGGAGGCGGCGGCGGCGGCCGCCGCCACCGAGGCGGCGGCGCGCCGCCGGCAGGAGGAGCAGGACGGCUGGUUGGUGGUGCUCCUGAACGACGCACAGAGCAUGCGGGCGGAGCUGUGUGUGUUGGAUGCGCGCGACAUCACGGCGGGCCCGGUGGCGGUGGUGGAGCUGCCCCACCACGUGCCGCACCCCCGCGCGCUGCACUUCACACGCGCCUACGCCGGGCCCGGCCUGGCGGCGCCGCUGGGAUGGAGGCCGCGCACCGCCGGCGCGCCGCUGGCGCCUACGGCGGCGCCGCCGGCGGCGGCGCAGCAGGAUCCGAAGAAGAAGUGAGGUGGUGUAGCGGCAGGCGGAUUGUGGCGCAGGAGCCAGAAGGGGAGGGGAGGGCAGGGGCAGGGGCUCGGAGCGCCUUGCUGCCCUUGCUAGCUUGUGUGUGUGUGGGGGGGGGGCGGGGGAUAUGUGCCCAAGCCCAGCGUUGUGGGAGUGCAUGAGAACUGGCCACUCGGGCCGCGCGAAACAGAACUGGAAAGAGGAGGCGUGGCCGCGUGGGCAACUGGAAUAACCACUUCGUGUUCACUACCGUGCAUUCUUCGGGGUUCAUUGCUUCGUCUUCUUAGUCUCAAUACUUCUGAACCGUUUGAGAUGUGGCUGGCGCCCGUGCGAUGUAUCUGGGGGUCAGAUGAGGGCGCUGGGGCAUGUUGCGGCGCCUAGCGAACAGACGGAACGGUGCUGAGUUGCGCGGUGACAGCUAUUCCUUGUGGGUUGUGUGCGGAUGCGUAUAGUCAUAUAGUGAUACAUGUGUGUGACGUUGCUGGCUUGCUAGUCACGCCCCGCGUCGCCUUUCUUGUCGGUAUAAACGGGAUUAAACGUAGACUUGGGUAAACGCGAAGGUGUCGUGCUGAGGUGCGUCAGUGUGCGUCAGCGAAAGGCGCUGCACGAAAGCGCUCUGCACAUCCAGGGAAUGUAAUACGCAAGCCUU